AUGCUUAGGAAAUUAUCAAUAUCUAGGCAUUUACCGCAACCCGAUCUCCCUAUUUUUAAUAAUUCAUUUGUAUAUGAUAAUUCCACUGAACGAUUUGGUGUUGCCGUCGAAGGAAAUCAUUUGUCCUAUGUUUAUGCUAACUGGGAUGCUGAGUCUUUGCGGCGAGUGGACGAUGUGGAAUUGUUUUUGAGUUCAUAUUUUGAUGCCUUGCCUGUAACUGCAUUCAGUUGCUGGAGACCUCCGUGUACAUCCCUUUAUUCUAUUUCAAAUUUUCCCAAACUGAUCUGGUCACAUGAUUAUGGAUCGAGUAGCCCAGGUCCUUUUGAACGAUAUCCGAAGAUGUUGCAAAAGGCCAAACGGAUAUAUAAUCCUCUGUUUCAAGCAAAUUCUUGUGUUGAACUACGAGAUAUUCUUUCAAACUAUGAGUUUACCGUGGUUGCCAGAAUUGAUGCGACGCCUCAACCAUCCCCACUGUAUCUCAGAUACCACGAAUUUGCUACUAGAAUAUUGUCGGCACCUGACGCACUUCAAAUUAAUGAUCACGCCUUCUCGCUGAGCAAAGAUUUCGCUUUUGUUAUCAUGCCAGUUCAUUCCAAUUCAUGCUUUUUGAAUUCUUCCCAUCCUUUGAAUAUUGUCUUUCGAUCAGGGCGAACGGUUAAAACCCUCCAUGCAUUUCAUUCCGAGGACUUGUCUGUGAGAAACUUGACGGAAUCCUUUUACUUGGCCGUAAAGAGUAUGGUUCUCAGUUUAAAUGGCUCUAAUAUGUUGACACUACCUCAUCUUUCUACCGCUUUCCCAACUGCUUACAAUUUGAGCAAACACAAUCCUCUUAUUUUUCUCUUUACUGAUUCUCAACUUGAGCCUGAUCAUCAAUAUGAUACAGAUGUUUAUAUGUUUAAAUCGCUUCAGUUGGAAUAUUCAAUAUGUGAAAAUGCAAACGAGUUUGAUUCUCCCAUUCCAAAACGAGCAGAGCAGCAGGACAACCUCUAUCGGAGAUUGCAUGAAAGCAAGAGCGAACAGUGUCGUAGGGCUUCCAUUUGUCCAAUAUGGUGGAGAAAGGCACUUGCUUUGUCUAAUCAAUCACAGUUGAAUGUCUGGCUAACCUGUGGAUUGCACAAAUCUGACAUUCCCUUUGCAAGCAAUCAUUCCGUUCAUUCCUUUUCAAAAUCGUUUUUGUCGAGUCUCAAUGGCCAUCCAGUUAGUAAAGAUUUUAUUAGUUUGGCUGCCCAUCUACUGAAUUACAAUCUUAACCCAUACGAUGAUGUCUCUCAACAUGAGGGAAUUGAGGACAUAUUCGUUAUUCGGACGCUAAAUCGUCGAUGUUGCGAAUUUGCAAUUCAAGAAGCUACCCAUCAUUCGGGUAUAUUUAACACUCAAGACGUACGAGCUUACGCAAUAGAUCUCAUUCGAGGAAGGGCGAAACCCGAGUACAACCGUCUUUGCCAAAACUCCUCCCCCAUAAACUAUGCGAAAGUCAAGAUGAAUGCAGCUAAUAUAACUGCCAUGGGUUGUCAUAGAUGGGGCAACGGUAGCCUCACAUUUGCCACUAUUUCCAGUUACAAUUCACCGCACUGGGUUCGUGAUCUAUUUGGUGAGAACAAAAGCCAACUUCCGCGAGUUGCUAUUGUCGAUGCUAGGUCUGAGGUGAUUUAUUCGAUGAAGACCGGCCUCACAUACGAAAAUAUUGCGAAAUUCAUUGCGCAGUUCCACAAUGACACCCUUGAUCGCAAUCUCAUUUCCAACUCUAAGCCAACAGCCAGAGAAGUGACUGAUAACUUCCGGGAGGCUUGUAGUGCUCAGGAGUUGCAAGAUCUAAUUGAGCAGGAGGGCAAGGACGUGGUUGUCCUCUUCUAUGGGAGGUACUGUGGCUAUGCCACCCAUGGCCGAGGUGCGCUCUAUGAGUUUCGAUCUGUUGCCAGGCACUUCGCUCGUCGUACAUCGCCCUUCUUCGUGGUGAUUGAUGUCGACAGGAUUCAAUUGCCUUGGUCCCUUACGGUCGAGUAUGUACCCGCUGUGAUAUUCUUCCCGAGCAAACGAAAAUCAAAUUCCAUAGUCUUUCCACAAGUGUUGCUAGCAUCAACAGAUCUAUUUUCCAACCUCGUCACUUUCAUUAACAAGCAUGCAGAGGCUUCAAAUGCUAGCACAGAUAGCGUCGAAAACGCCAGUUCAUCUUCCCUCUACGAUUCAUUCCGAAUGGCCGAUCAUCUCCGUGUGCAUUUGACCCAAAUUGCCAAAUCAGAGAACCUUCUGGAAAACCUACUCGAGCGUUUAUCUACUGGACUUGAAGAGCUAAACACUGUAUUGCAUACCCACACCAUGCGAUAUGCUGCAUAUACCACCACCGGGCGUCUACUUCUUGAACGACUUCUGUUCAGCAGGGAAAAACUUUCUUCCCUUUGGAAUCACUUUAAACGAGUCCAAAAACAUCUAUUAAAAGAGCGUAAGGCGACGCUGGCAGUCAAAGCUACUUUGUUGUCGAACACUUUAUAA